AUGAAGACUCCGUGGCUUUCCUCGUCCAUGCCUUUAUCGACCCCAGGUGUGCAUCUAACCCAAACUGCUUCACCAUACAGCAUGGAGGCCAGCGCCUUUCCUAUGGGGUCCGACAUUUCCUCACCAUUUGGUGGUGCCUACUCAUCGUCCGGAGCUGAAAGCCCCCAAAGCAAUAACUGGAGGAACAUGGGAUGCUACAUGUCGCCGCCUUCCAGUUGCGCGGACACGAUGCUUCCACUCGAUCACUGGGGUUCUUGCUCACCAGGCCCUUCUGGAAAUGUUGAGUCCUCUAUUGCACCAUCUCAGAUAGUGCAGAACUAUCCCGUGCCCAUACCGAUAGCCGCCGAACUCGAACUCGAGGCUGAACUCGAUCCUGAACUCGAUCCUGAACUCGACCCUCGACUCGACACCGAGCCCUUGCCCGUCAACGAGCCAACCCCAGUGCAUAGCCAUAACAUGCACCAACACAGCCAACUCGAUCCUACCAACGAGACACUUAGCUAUCUCGGCGCAGGACAAGCGCCUGACCAGGACUCGUUUACCUUGCCUAGUCCCCCACGUGUGCCGGCAAACAACAACACUGGCCAGAAAACGACAAUGUGUCACAAUCACGGCAGCAAGAAAAGUUCCCGGAGGAAAGAAACCCUUACUUCCAACUCUGUCCGCGUUUGUCGGACGUCCUCCAAAUCAAAGACCAAGAAAGGCACCCGGCCCCGACGAACCUUUGUUUGCACCUUCUCUCGCUAUGGAUGCACUAGCUCCUUUACUUCUAAGAAUGAGUGGAAGCGACAUGUGACAUCACAGCAUGUCCAGCUAGGAUUUUAUCGCUGUGAUGUGGGCCAGUGCAACGUUAACAAUCCGAGCAAAGGCAGACCUAUGAGCUGCACCAAUGACUUCAACCGCAAAGAUCUCUUCACCCAGCACCAGCGUCGGAUGCACGCGCCCUGGGCCAAGUCUAAACAAGCCACCGAGGAGGAGAAACAACAAUUUGAUGCGACGCUGGAGGCGGUGCGCACUCGGUGCUGGCAUGAACAACGCCGACCGCCCUCACGCAGCGCAUGUGGCUUCUGUGGAGAGGAGUUCGCUGGCUUUCAAAGUUGGAACCAACGGAUGGAGCACGUUGGUCGCCAUUACGAGAAGGGUGAUGUCGCUCUGGAUUCAGAGAAAGAGGACAUUGCUCUACGUGACUGGGCUAUCCAGGAAGGAAUCUUGUCCUGGGGGGGCGGCAGGUGGAAACUCGCUUCUCACCGUUAG